UAUGGUACCAUCUGACGUGCGGAUGAACAUCUUAUUAGCGGAUGCGCUACGGCUUUCAAAGUGACUGAAAGUGAAAGAAAAGAAAGAGCAGUGACGACUAAUAAAAUUAUUUUUCACCUAAAAAGGGAAAUUUGGAGAUUAAAAAAUAAGUUCCUUAAGGGCCGGAGUCGUAGCUCCAAAAUGGCCACAGUUGGGGAACAAAUGCAAAUAAGCAACCACACAUUGGAUAAGGUGACGAGGGCAAAAGUUACGUUAGAGAACUACUAUUCCAAUCUCAUAUCACAGAAUGAGGAACGAGAAACAAGGUACCGCAAGUUGGAAGAGACGAUGGAAGAAGAUGGUCUAAGUGAUGAACAGAAAAGCCAAAAACGUCAGCAACAUGCAGUUAAAGAAACAGAAUUCCUUCGCCUAAAGAGGUCAAGACUAGGUGUAGAAGAUUUUGAGCCGCUCAAAGUUAUUGGUAAAGGUGCUUUUGGAGAGGUACGAUUAGUACAGAAAGUAGAUACGGGUCACAUUUAUGCCAUGAAAAUACUCCGCAAGGCUGACAUGAUUGACAAAGAACAGGUUGCUCAUGUACGUGCUGAACGUGAUAUUCUGGUAGAAGCUGACCACGAGUGGGUGGUAAAAAUGUAUUAUUCCUUCCAAGAUGCUAUAAAUCUUUACCUUAUCAUGGAGUUUCUUCCUGGUGGUGAUAUGAUGACACUGCUAAUGAAGAAAGACACUCUGACAGACGAGCAGACACAAUUUUAUGUAGCAGAGUCUGUGUUAGCUAUAGAUUCCAUCCACAACCUUGGCUUUAUACAUAGAGAUAUAAAGCCAGAUAAUUUAUUAUUAGAUUCCAGGGGACAUAUCAAGUUAUCCGAUUUUGGCCUAUGCACCGGCCUAAAGAAAUCACAUAGAACAGAAUUCUACAAAGAUCUCUCUCAUGGCAAAACUGGUGAUUUUAAUUUAAAUCCUAUGGAUUCCAAAAAGAGAAUGGAAAGUUGGAAAAGAAAUAGGAGAGCACUGGCAUAUUCCACUGUAGGCACGCCAGAUUAUAUAGCCCCUGAAGUAUUUAUGCAAACCGGUUACUCUAGUUCCUGUGAUUGGUGGUCACUAGGGGUGAUCAUGUAUGAAAUGUUAAUAGGUUAUCCUCCAUUUUGUUCAGAAAAUCCUCAGGAAACUUACAGAAAGGUGAUGAACUGGCGAGAAACUCUCAUUUUCCCUCCAGAAGUCCCAAUAUCCACUGAAUCCAAAGAUCUCAUUCAAAAGCUAUGUUGUGAUCAUGAACACAGGUUAAGUAGUCGAGAACAAAUCCAGGCCUGUUCCUUCUUCCGAGGAUGUGAUUGGGAACAUAUCAGAGACCGCCCUGCUGCCAUUCCAAUAGAAAUUAAAAGUAUUGACGACACAUCUAACUUUGACGAGUUUCCAGAUGUAGACCUCAAAUGGCCAACUUCCUUAGCCCAGAAGCCAGACAUUGCUAAAGAGCAACCAAAUAAUAAAGACUGGGUGUUUAUAAACUAUACAUACAAACGAUUUGAGGGACUUCCAAAGUCCUGGCAGUCUAAAAGUUAGCAAUAGUCAGUUGUGGAGAGUUGUACAACACUUGUGGAGAAAAUGAACAACAAUGGUGGAGACACUACCAAUCAUCCAUCCUUCAUUCAUUGUGUGAUUUACAUGUAUAAUAAAUUUGUUGUUGAAAAAAAAGAGGAAAUUCCAAUGUCAGGAUUGUGAACUAGGUUUAACAUGGGAAAAACAAAUUUAACAUUACACAGUUAGAUUUAGUGUUUUGAGAAAAGAGACUUGAAAUGAGUCAAUAUUGUACUAUACAAUCGACAUGCUUAAACAAUGGACACUUAUGAAACAUAGACACAUUUAUAAACAAUUGACUUUGUCAUCCGUCUAAAACUGUAAUAACUUCAAUUAUUAAUGAUUAAUUGAUAUAAACAAUUGUUUAAUCUGGAAUUAUAUUUCUGUUUAGUCACAAUGAUUUUAUCAUAUUCUUUAUAACUAAUUUGUUACCGUAUUUAAAAUUUGGGAUGCAUUUUACCAUGUAGAUGAUGACUGGUAUUUUGACUGAAUCAACAUUAGUGCAUAUUUUAGUGCAUAUUUUCAGGGGUUCACUGUAACACUUUCAUAACUUAAGAUUUGAUCUUAACUCUGCUGAAAUUUUAUAAUGAACUUGCCCUUUUUUGAACUUUUAACUUUCCACAAAUAGUUUAAGACAGUGGUGGGUGGGGGGUGUAUCAGAUUGAGCAGUCAACAGUAUGGAGUCCAGUGAGACAGUACUGAUGAGCAGGCUGGUCUGGCUAGGUGGCGUAGGUCUUCUUUUACUGCCAUCAGCCCUCCAAGGGUUAGGUUUGUUGAGAUAUGAAAGUGAUGCACUGAACACUCUGUAAUUUAUUUUACAUCAGACGAAACUUCCACUUUUUUUCCAAGUGUGAAGUAUGGAAAAGAUAAAAUAACAUAGCUAUUUGAAUAGUGCUUUUUUUUUUGAAUUGUGAAGAUUUUACAAGUAUAUUGUGAACUUUCACAAUAAUAUUUUACAAGCUUUGUUGUUCAGAUAAAUAGUAAAAUAUAAAAUAUAAGGUAAUCAGAAAGUGCUUUUAAGUGAAAGUGUAAAGUGUCUAAAUUUUUGUUUAAAUUUAUAUCAAUUCAUUGAAGGUAGUUUUUUGUUGUUGUUUUUUGUUUGUUUUUUUUUAAGGAAAAAACAAAACAUUUUUUUCGUAAAUUCAUUGUGGAAUUGAAAAUUUAUGUCAUUUCAUUUUUUUUUAUUAUUAUUAUUGAUAACAUUUAUUUUAACACAUCAGUCAGAUUUAAGCAAUAAUUUGAGAUGAUAGAAAAAAAAUAGCUGUGAACAGCACUUGCCUUGCUUCACGAAAACCAAAUAUUUCUGAUUAUCAUUAAACUGUGUCUCCAUGUUUAUUUAUUUACUAAAUAUAGUAUAUAAUAUUUGACUUUUAAUUCAUUUAUUAAACAACAUUGGCUGCAUUUUUUUAUAUACAAGGAGGCAAAAUCUUUUUUUUUUCGAUUUUUUUUUUUUUUUUUUUUUUUUUUAACUUUAUUAUCUUUACCUUUCAAGUUUUUGUGUUAUCUGGCUUUGAUUGGUAAAAUGAAUAAAUUAGAUAAGUAAGUGGAUAAGUGGAAUGCAAAUUAAAGAAAUAGAUUAAUAUUUUUAGUUUUGUUCUGACAUUUCGGCUAUCACAUGGACUUUAUCAGAAAAUAUAAAAGUUCAGGUGCAUGUUACUAUAGUGGCCAUUUUUUUUUGGUAAAGAAUGUAAUGUAAGAUAAAGACUGUCGUUGUUUUAAUGGAGAUGUCGAGGUGUUUGUAUAUACUGUGAAGAGUCUUUCAUUUAUAUAUGCUUCAUAUCAUUACUUAUUGUAUAUUUAGCAAUAAAGCAUGUACAUUUGAGCCGCGCCAUGACAAAACCAAUACAGCGCGUUUGCGACCUGCAUGGAUCCAGACCAGUCUGCGCAUCCGCACAGUCUGAUCAGGAUCCAUGCUGUUCGCUUACAGUUACAAACCCUAUUUCAAGUAGAGAAACUGAUAGUGAACAGCAUGGAUCUUGAUCAAACUGUGUGGAUGCGCAGGCUGGUCUGGAUCCAUGCUGGUCACAAACACACUUAGGUGGUUUUGUCAUGGUGCGACUCAUUUCUCCUAUCAUUAUAUCACUGUCGUUCAAAAUUAACCAUUUUUUUUUUAUUAAUUAUUUUCCUGUAUUUAUUUUUUAGCUCACCUGAGAAUUGAAAUAAGCUUUAAAUGACAUCCUCUUUUAAACCGUUCAGCAGAUUUUGAUGAAACUUGGGAAGAAUGAUCCACGGGUGCUACUGUACCAAAAUAUCUUUUUAUUAUUUUAGUUCGCUGAAUAGGGAUAUUUUUUCUGGAGUUGUUGCCAACAUGUGAGCGAUUUAGGGCCAUCAUGGCUCUCUUGUUUUGAUGUAGUGCAGGUAGUGUGUAAUUGUGCAUUAUGUUUGUUUUUUUACAUUUUUACCUGGAAUAACUUUUUUUGCUGGACAUAAAAGUGGGAAAGGUCUUUUAUGAUAAGUUGUAGACUAAAUUUUCUACAAUGUAAAAUAAGUUUACUUAAAAUUUCAAUUCCUGCAAAUCUGCUUAACUUUCAUAAACUUGAUUUUUUUUUUCAAAAAAAGGUAUUUAUGAUCUUAUUUAAACAUUCUCAUUAGUAGAGUAUAGAAAAAAUCAACAUUUAUUUCAUUGGAUAUUGUGCAUAUUAUUUAUUUUGCAAUAAGUUUCACUUUUGUAGCCAUUUCACUUACACACACACAAAAUACAUUCCAUACAUUUUGAUUGUUGUUUUAGUAGAGGAAAAAAAGGUUUCAAUUGUGUUUUUAGGCUGACAACUUUGUCAUGUUUUAUUUUAAUGCAUGUUUUAAUCAUACUUUAACCGUGGCAAGAUGUGAUAUAUCUUGUUACCUUAGCAACCACAGAUAAUCUUGUUACCAUAGCAACGACAGAUAAUCGUGUUACCAUAGCAACUACAGAUAAUCUUAUUACCAUAACAACUACAGAUAAUCUUGUUACCAUAGCAACCACAUAAUCUUGUUACCAUAGCAACUAUAGAUAAUUUUGUUGCCAUAGCAACCACAGAUUAUCUUGUUACUAUAGCAACAACAGAUAAUAUGAUGUUUUGUAGAUGAUUGAAUGUGUUAGGGAUUUUACAGAACUGAAAAAAACAAAAACAACUUUUAUAUUUGACCCUCUGUAUUAAGGAAACAUACCUUCAAUGUGCACAAUGAUUGCUUUUUAUAACACAUUGAUAUUUAUCAGUGGAGAAUACAGUUCCCAGUUUGUACAGAUUAUAUAGAGAUUCUUGUUUUUGUACCCAAAAAAGCUAAUAUAGCAUUUUGUAUCAGAUAAUACUUGAAACAAAUUGGGUUUUUGGAACAAUUGUCCAAGUUGAUAGUUAUUUAUAGAUCUAUUUAACAUGACAACUUUGUCUUUUGACACUAAAACAAAGAUACAGUUGAAGAAUUUUAAUCUUUUUUGUCACUGAUUAAAAAAACAACAACAAAAACAACCGGGAUUACAACAUUUAUCUCUCUCUUGUCAAAUUGCAAUCUAAAUUGAGAUGCUCAGAAACUAAUAACAUGAAGAAAAUAGUUCAUUUAUAAACGAGUUGGUUUUUGAAUGUAUUUUGUGUUAUUUGAUAAAAUACUGGAUUUUAUCAGUGAAAUAUAUUUAGUAUCACUUUCUACAAGACAUUUGUCAAGAUAAUCAACUUUUCUUCCAUUGAUAAGCAUAUGAUUGAGAAGAUUGACGCUUCUGAGGAAUAUUUAAAUAGAUUUUUUUUAUCGUCACUUUCACCAUGCAUGUUAAUGAAAAUAUAAAAUAUAUCUCACAGUUGUCAGUGAGACACUACCGUGUUUAUUCAAAUAGAAUUAAUGUCUGCUUCCUGUUAUAUACUUUGAUGUUUGCAGUAAAGGAAUAUAGAGAAAUGUAAAUGUUGUGCAUGCCUAUGAAAAUAUAUGAAAAAUAUCUCACAGUUGUCAGUGAGAUAUGGAAGAGGAUGAAUAUAUUGUGUAGGGAUACUUUGAAGUUAAUUAUCCGAUCUCAGAAAACGGGGAUGUGAUACAACAUUGUAAGUUGAAUUAAGAAAUGCCAUGAAAAAAGUUUUGAUAAUACAAAAUUGUUAUUUAUGUAAACAUGGAGAUGUGUGCCAUGAAGUGAUUGUGUUUAAACAUUUUAUUUGUUACUUGAUGCUGAAUAACUUAUCACCUGUUGAUUAAAUUUGCUAAAACUAA